UGACCACAGAAACAAGCCAGUCCCGGACCUUGGAGUUGAUAUAUUAUAUUAGGCUACUGCUUAUAUUGUGAGAAAUGCAUAAAAAGAAGGGGAAAAAGGGAAAGAAGGUGGUGAAAGGUAAAGGGAAGAAGGAGACAAAACAGGAGCCCAAAGGUGACAAGGAGACGGACAUCGAGAAGGCAAAAGCAAUAGCAGCUUUCUGGGAAAGUAGGCUGAAUGUGACGGAGCUCUCACGAGCGGAGUACCGCGAGACGGCUCAUAAGCUGGCGCUGGCCAAUGAGGAGCUCGGCCAAGAAAAGGAGCGUGCAGAGAAGGACAACAUAGACAUCAUCACCUUCCUAAAACGGAGGGAAGCUGAACGGGAGGGGAAGAUCAGCCAGUUGGAGGAGCAGCUAAGGGAACAAAAGAAGGCAGCAAGGAAGGAGUGUGAGCAACUGGUUGCAGAAUUCACGCUCCAGAUUAACGAGAUAGAGGGGAGGCUUCAGAAGAGGUCUGACGAGUUCCAGAUGAUCCAGGGAGAGCUUCAGAUGAUUAAGGAGUUCCGUAAGAAGAAAGCAGAAAUGGAGCGAGAGCUCAGUGAUCUCAAGGAGAAGAUUGAGACUGAAGACAGAAAUCACAAAGAAAGCCUGGCUCGAAUGGAACACAAGUUCUUCAAUGAGAAGCUGCGCCUGGAGAAGGAGGCCGAACAGAGGAUCGCCAAGCUGGCGGAGAGGGCCCACAACGAGGCCAUUGUGCAGCUGGAUGACACGUGCCGGUCGGUGUUCAGAGAGAACAUCCGUCUGAACCAGGCGCUCGCUCACCACGUGAAGGAGACGGAUGAGCUGAGGAAGACCACAGCAGCGCUGGCACAAGGGCGAGAAUCCCUGGCCUUGCACAAGGAAACCAGUGAGCUGAUGGCCACGGAGAACGUGUCACACCUGAUGCAGCAGAAGGAGGAGAUUGCGGCACUUAGGAGCAAGGCGGCAACACUGGAGCAGGCCCUGGAGCUCAUGGCCACAGAGUUGGAGAAGGAGAGGCGGGACAGGGAGCAGGAGGUGUCGGCAGAAGCUGAGGCGGGCCGGGUGGGAACGGACCGGCUGCGACGGACGCUGGAGGCGAGGGAGCGGGAGAUGAACCGCGUGAAGCUGCUGUCCCGUGGGGUGCUGGAGCAACGCACCGAGCUGGAGUGCUUCUUCCAGGAAGCGCUGCAGCAGGUGAGGCAAGAGAUCCGAGCGAGCAGAGAGCAGUACCGGCGAGCAGCGCAGGCGGCCUACCAGCGGGGCAUGAGUGAGGCGCGGGUCGGCCGCCGGGAGUACCCCCGCAUCUGCACCUUCACCAAGAACGAACAAAGCACCAACAGCGUCCACACAGACCUGGAGGAAGCAGAGAAGUGGUGUUAUUCGAGGGGCGCCAGGGUGGACAUUUCCGAGCUGACGUGGGAGCAGAAAGAGAAGGUGCUCCGGCUGCUGUUUGCCAAAAUGAAUGGCAUCAAAGCGAGGGCAGAGGAGGAACCAACCAGGAUGACCUUUAUCACCCAGGAACCGGAGUCAGUGCCGCCCUCCAACCCCAGGUGGCUUCCAGACAUUCAGACAAAGACAUGAACCCCAGAUCGGAGCUACUUACAGGGACGCCUCCAUUCAGAGAAGCAUCACCAGACCAGCACUUGCAUGCAAAACUGAAACCUGUCACAAUAAAAGCUUCAUGACAGUGGA